GCGCGCUCAGGCGUGGCGUGCGCCGUGACGCAGCCGGUCCGCUGCGCGAGGAAGUGGCGCUGUUGUUUGAGUGACGGGACCGUGUUUCUGUGUCUCGUGGCUCGAUCUGAGGAGGUUUACUGUGUCUCGAGUAAUGGCUGCUGAGGUGAAUGGCAGCUCCGGUCUGGUUAAAGAAGAAGAGGAGCCCAUGGAUGUGACGGUCACACACUCAGAGAACUACCAGGCGCUGCUGGACGCUGGUCUGCCACAGAAGGUGUCCGAGAGCCUGGACAACAUCUUCCAGACAGGGCUGGUGGCGUACGUGGAUCUGGACGAGCGGGCGCUGGACGCGCUGCGGGAGUUUAACGAGGAGGGAGCACUGUCAGUGCUGCAGCAGUUCAAGGAGUCCGACCUCUCACACGUGCAGAAUAAGAGCGCCUUCCUGUGCGGCGUGAUGAAGACGUACAGACAGAGAGAAAAGCAGGGAAAUAAAGUGCAGGAGUCUACGAAAGGCCCAGACGAGGUCAAGAUAAAGGCUCUGCUGGAGAGGACGGGAUACACUCUAGACGUCACCACAGGACAGAGGAAGUACGGCGGCCCUCCUCCAGAGGAAGUGUUCACCGGCCCCCAGCCCGGCAUCGGCACCGAGGUGUUCGUGGGGAAGAUCCCGAGGGACCUGUACGAGGACGAGCUGGUUCCUCUGUUUGAGAAGGCCGGCUCUAUCUGGGAUCUGAGGCUGAUGAUGGAUCCUCUGACCGGUCAGAACCGCGGCUACGCCUUCAUCACCUUCUGCAGCAAAGACGCCGCGCAGGAGGCGGUUAAACUGUGUGAUAACUACGAGAUCCGGUCGGGCAAAUAUCUGGGCGUCUGCAUCUCUGUGGCCAACAACCGUCUGUUCGUGGGGUCCAUCCCGAAGAACAAGACCCGUGAGAGUAUCCUGGAGGACUUCGGCAAAGUCACCGAGGGCCUGCAGGAGGUCAUCCUCUACACGCAGCCGGAUGAUAAGAGGAAGAACCGCGGCUUCUGUUUCCUGGAGUAUGAGGAUCAUAAGUCGGCGGCUCAGGCGCGGCGCAGGCUCAUGAGCGGGAAGGUGAAGGUUUGGGGGAACCCUGUGACCGUGGAGUGGGCCGACCCCGUGGCAGAGCCGGACCCCGAGGUCAUGGCCAAGGUGAAGGUGCUGUUUGUGCGUAAGCUGGCCGCUCCGGUCACAGAGGAGCUUCUGGAGAGCACUUUCUCUCAGUUCGGCAAACUGGAGCGUGUCAAGAAGCUGAAGGACUACGCCUUCGUUCACUUCGAGGAGCGAGACGCCGCAGUCAAGGCGAUGCAGGAGAUGAACGGGAAGGAGCUGGGGGGCGAGGAGAUCGAGAUCGUGCUGGCCAAACCUCCAGAUAAGAAGAGGAAAGAGCGACAAGCUGCGCGUCAGACCAGCAGAGGCUCCGGGUAUGAUGACUAUUAUUACUACCCUCCCCCCCGCAUGCCUCCUCCGGGGCGUGGCCGAGGCCGUGGGGGGCGGGGCGGAUACGCCUACCCUCCUGAUUACUACGGUUACGAGGAUUACUACGACGACUACUACGGUUACGAUUACCAUGACUACCGAGGCGGUUACGACGACCCCUACUACGCUUACGACGACGGCUACUCCAUGAGGGGGCGGGGCAGUGGGAGGAGCCGUGGAGCUCCGCCUCCCCCCAGAGCCCGCUCGGCUCCGCCCACCCGCGGCAGAGGCGGGUAUCCUCCGAGGGGUGGGGCUCCCAUGGGUGGGGGGCGUGGUCGUGGAGGGGGGCGUGGCGGGCCCUUCCAGGCUCCCAGGGGCCGCGGCAGCAGAGGUGCGCGGGGGAACCGCGGUGGUAACGUGGGCGGGAAGAGGAAGGCGGAUGUGUUCAACCAGCCAGACUCCAAACGCCGGCAGACCAACCAGCAGAACUGGGGCUCUCAGCCCAUCGCCCAGCAGCCCCUGGGCUCCGACUACAGCUCCGGAUACGGCUACAGCAACGACUCGCUCGAGUUCUCCCAGGACUCCUACGGCCAGCAGUGGAAGUAGACCAGACCCGCCCCCUCCUCACAAACAUGAUCCUGAUUGGCCGGCAGUGUUUGACUUUUCUAUCCUCCAAUAGCCCUGUAGAUUCUGUCCGUGGCCCCGGUGGGACGCUCGUCUUAAACAGACACAACACUUUUAUUCCCACAUCCUCCUCCUGCUUUUAAACUCCACCCAGAACAUUUUAAAGAAGACACUGAUACUUCCCAGCAAACGUGUGCGUGACACGAGGGACACUCAAUCAUGAAAGAAGUCGUCCUUACUCCAUUCUCAUCUCUCUCUCUCUCUCAUCAUCAUUCUAUCUCUCUAUCUCUCUCUCAUCAUCAUUCUAUCUCUCUGUCUCUCUCUCUC